AUGUCAGAGUCCAGCGAGCCUCUACUUGGGGCCUCCUCUGAUAACAGUCCACCCGACAUGCCCACCGCCGCAGACACCCACGCCCUUGGUGCCAACUCACUUGAGAUCGUUGACGGCAAGCAUGUUCUUGACACUCGCGACAGCAACGACAUCCCGGAGGAUGAUCCUACCGCUCCCUCUCGACGUGUGUCCUCACGCCGCCAACGUCUGUCCGACCUGUUUACCAUCCUAUGCGCCGGCUGUGCGCUGAUCUCAGACGGCUAUGCAAACAGUCUUAUGACGCUGAUCAAUGUGGUUCUCCGGCAAGAAUAUGCCAGGGAGUACACGUCGGAUGUCAGCACGAGGGUGUCGAAUGCCCUGUUGGUCGGAGAGAUCAUCGGGCAGAUCACCAUCGGUCUCACGUGCGAUUAUCUUGGCCGGAAAACUGCCAUUAUUCUCACGAGCAGCAUGAUCAUCGUUGGACUGAUCAUUUGCACCGCCGCCCACGGUGUGACCAUUGGUGGCAUGUUUUGGAUGUUGACCAUUGGACGCGGUGUGACAGGUUAUGGGACUGGCGGCGAAUGUAAGUCUUCACUAUCCAUGAUCGGCCGCACAAUGACACCUCCGUCCUUCCCUGUUCCCAACAAGAAACACCUCAUUUCCAUACUCCCCACUAACACCACUUCUUCAACCAUAGACCCCGCCUCCUCAACCUCCGCCUCCGAAUCUGCCAACGCGUAUGCCCUCAAAUCCCGCGGCACGAUCUUCAUCCUCGUGACCAACCUCCCCCUGACCUUCGGCGUCCCGCUCGCCUCCUCCAUCUUCCUCAUCGUCUUGUCCGCCGCCGGCAGCACCCACCCCUCCACCAUCUGGCGCGUCUGCUUCGGCAUUGGCAUCAUCUUUCCCGUUUCCAUCUUCUACUGGCGCGUCAAAAUGCUCAACUCGGCCCUCUACCGCCGGGGCGCUAUUCGGAAACAAGUCACCCCGUACGCACUCGUGUUGCGGUACUACUGGAAAAGCCUAAUCGGCACCUGCGGCGCAUGGUUCCUCUUCGACUUCGUCACAAUACCCAACGCGGUGUUCAGUGGGGGCAUCAUCGCGAAUAUUGUUCCCAAGGGCGACAUCAAGGGAACAGCGGAGUGGCAGCUCUUACUCGGCGCACUCGGUCUCCCGGGAGUGAUCAUCGGUGCCUUCUGCGUCGGCCUCCUCAGUCGCAAGACGAUUAUGCUGAUCGGCUUCGGCGGCUACUUGGUCUUCGGCCUGAUCAUUGGUCUGCUAUACGACCGGAUCUCGAAGAUCACGCCGCUGUUUGUCGUGCUGUAUGGGUUGUUGCUCACGAUGGGGAAUUUCGGGCCGGGAAACAUGGUCGGCCUGGUCGCGAGCGAGAGCUACGCCACCGCAGUGCGAGGAACUUGCUACGGCAUAUCCGCUGCGAUGGGAAAGACUGGGGCUGCUGUUGGGACACAAGUGUUCCUGCCGAUACAGAAUAAUCUGGGGCUUAAGUGGACGUUCAUUAUCGCUGCAAUAGUAGGCGUCGUAGGGAUGGUGGUCACGUGGUUCUUUGUGCCGAAUCUGACGGGCGAUGAUUUGGCGAUCGAGGACGAGAGAUUUAGGGGGUAUCUGAUCGAGAAAGGGUGGAAGGGCUUGAUGGGAGAGGACGACCUGAAGGGGCGGGUCGACGAUGUUGUGGGUAUUGGCGAUGGUGGCUUUCAGUUCGAGCGGAGAGAUACGUAA